AUGCUAAGGUUCAAUCCUUCGUCCUCUUCAGAGGAGAAUCGAGCAGGAAGCGGCUCUCCGGCCGGGUGUGGCUGCACUGGAGCCAAGGAUUGGCUGCUUGUCGGCCUUUUAGCAGUGGUGGUGACGAUUUCGCCGUAUUUGAGAGAAAGAGGCGACUCCUCAUCGAGAAAAGCUAGGGCUCACGAUCUGUCACAGAUUGAGAGAGAGAGCAUGCGGUGGGUGUCGUUGGCGAAGUUUAACUCUGGUUUUGGUUAUGACAACGACACCAAAAAAUUCACGGCCCCAGAUGAAGUAUGGGAUGCGUAUAUAGAGGCUCACCCAAAAGAUGCAUACUUACGCACUGAACGUUUUUCGGAUUUUGAUGACUUGAGGCUUGCUGUUGGAAACGGUGUGGCUGUAGGAAGAAACGCAAUUGGAGUGGGCAAUGCUACUGAUGCUAGGACAAUAGGAGUUGAUGAAAGUAGAGGUCCGCUCAUAGAGGAGUUGAAUUACGAUGCUGCUAAUGAGGCGUUUGUAGUACUGGGUGAAGAUGAUCCACCAUUAUCCGGCUCCAAAUCACCUUUGGAGUCCACUGAAGUGCCUGUGGAGUCCACUCAGAGAAGAGCUCCCGCCAAAAGAAGCAGAGGCCAGUUUGAGACAAAUUCAGGCCACACUGAAAAUAGUUUGCAUCAGGAGCUCAUGGUAGAAAUUAAAAAAGUUACUAGCACAAUGGAUCGAGUUGAAAGCCUCUUCGUGAAACGAGAUACUAUGCUGGAGAGAAGAGAAAAAGAAAAAGGUUAUACAACUUGGGAUGCUAUCAAAGAAAUUCAUGAUUUGAGUGACGAUGCCCGCAUGACAGCAUUUGACUUGCAUGUUACAAAGUCACAAAAAUAUGGAUUUAUGAAAAUGACUGUUCCUGAACGCAAAAGAUUGAUAGAAUCCAAGACUAGGAAAUAG